CGGGUUCCCUUAGAAUUAUGAAACGACAUUGCGCAAGCGCAUAACCCACCUGCCGGUGACAUUGAGAACACGUGCACAUUUCCUCAAUUUCACUAUCGGAAAAUUAAACAGGUCCAUCAUGGUCAUCGGAAAGCGCAUCGCUGAUGUGGGAUACAAGCUCUUCUCGGGCUCUAUGAUGCUGUUGACGGUAUAUGGUGGAUAUCUGUGUGUCCUGCGGGCUAAGAGAUACAUGGACAGACAGAACCAACUACAGCUGGAGGCACAGAACCAAAGCACAGAAUCAGAUGCCAUUAAAGACUGAGACAGCUUUACAUUUAUCAUGUCAAGUGUGUGUGGGACUCUUAAUGCGGCAAAGAAGAUGAUGUAGAUAUAAACAGGAUCUGAAAGCUUAUCUGCUUUUUGUGUGGUUCUCAAUGAAAGUGUUGCUAUGGAAACAUCCUGUCCAUUAUAUGUUGUAAUAUAUUAAAAAUACUGUACCUUGUAUAAUAAGAUCA